UCUAAAUUGUACUACUUAUUUCUCGCAAGUUAAAAAAGUUUUUAAAAAAAAGAAAAGAAAAAAAACAGAGAAGAAGCCCUAAUCUAAAACGAGUCGAUCUCUGGUGGCCUAGGUUUUCCUCAUCGGAAAAGCCAUGGUGUUCUACUUCAAAGCUCGACCAGAGGCUGGCGAUUACACUAUUUUCAUGGGCCUCGACAAGUUCGAGAACGAGGAGCUCAUCAAAUACGGCUUCCCCGAAGAUAUUUGGUUCCAUGUGGAUAAAAUGUCUUCAGCCCAUGUUUAUAUAAGACUGCACAAAGGUCAGACUAUUGAUGAUAUUAGUGAAGGUGUAUUGGAGGAUUGUGUUCAGCUUGUCAAAGCAAAUUCCAUCCAAGGCAAAAAGGUGAAUAACAUUGAUGUUGUUUACACACCCUGGUCCAAUUUGAAGAAAACUGCUUCUAUGGAUGUUGGUCAAAUUGGUUUUCACAACCCAAAAAUGGUUCGAACUGUGAGAGUGGAGAAGCGGAUUAAUGAGAUAGUUAAUAGGUUGAACAGGACAAAAGUGGAAAGGAAACCUGAUUUGAAAGCUGAGCGAGAAGCGGUUAAUGCAGCGGAACGAGCAGAGAGAAAACUACAGCUGAGAGACAAAAAACGACGCGAGGAGAUGGAAAGGCUUGAAAAGGAGAGACAAUCAGAGCUAAGAAGCUACAAGGGUUUGAUGGUUUCUGAAAACAUGACAUCUAAUAAACAGAUUGCAACAACGAGCAAGUCCUUGCAGGAACUGGAAGAAGACUUCAUGUAAGAGCAUCAUUUGUUUAAAUGUUCAAUAGAUGCUAGCUGCCAAAGUUACUGGGCCUAUAAAGAAGGGUGACAUAUAGUUUGUGAUUCUAGGCCUCAAGAAAUUUCAUCAUGCCUGAAUAACACAUUCCCUAGUCUGUUUCCUGUGGAUGUUAAAUAAGAAAAUGGUGUCUGCAAUGUUAACAGAGGAGGAAGGAGGUGGGGGGAAGAAAUCUCCUUUUACCUACCAUGAAUGUACUUUGAUGGUGAUGAAAAACAUUAUUUGUAUCUGCAUUGGGAUAGUGGGUGAUAAAACUGUGUUUUCUUGCCCAACUUUAUAAACAAAACUUAUGUCUAUUUUAUUUAAGGUUUCAUCUGGUUCA